GCUGGGCCGUCCCAGCAUCCUCCAGUGCAAGAUGGCGCCGCGGGAAUCCUUACCACAGGCUGUCUGAGGGAACGCCGAGCUACUGCGUCCGUCGCCGGGUUCCAGCCCCGCGUUGCUCCACGAGAAAGCAGAGGCCGAGCCCGGGCGGGUGCGAUGGCCGCUGUGGUGGCCAAGCGGGAGGGGCCGCCGUUCAUCAGCGAGGCCGCUGUGCGGGGCAACGCCGCCGUCCUGGAUUACUGCCGGACCUCGGUGUCGGCGCUGUCAGGGGCCACGGCCGGCAUCCUCGGCCUCACCGGCCUGUACGGCUUCAUAUUCUACCUGCUCGCCUCCAUCCUGCUCUCCCUGCUCUUAAUUCUCAAGGCGGGAAGGAGGUGGAACAAAUAUUUUAAGUCGCGAAGACCUCUCUUUACAGGAGGUCUCAUCGGAGGCCUCUUCACCUACGUCCUGUUCUGGACAUUCCUCUACGGCAUGGUGCACGUCUACUGAAACGUGGGCAGGGAUGACUUUUUUUAAAAAAACAACAACAACAGAUUGGGAGGGCUCUUGCCAGAAAUUAACACCAGGUAGACUUACCUAGUUUUUAAAUUGUUGGAGUCGUCGCUUGUCCUGGAACGUUAUAAAUAAUUUAUAUCUUAAGACGAAGAGCCUGUACUGUUCGUCAGAUUAAAUGAAGCGUGAGACCCUU